AGUCCAGUGGAAGCAACCGCGUCUGGGUGGACCUCGCGCAUAACGCUGCGAGUGAGUGCGGGAAAUUCAAAUUGUUCCUUUUUUAAAAUUCAAUAUUGUCAAUUCAUUGAUGAUUUCUUAAUUUUUUUUUCUUGCGUACAGAUAGACUGUGUAUGCCAUCUUGUGGUGUCAGUUUUGUGAGUUGCGGAUUUUUAGGUGAUAUUUCGGGCAUGCUGUAAGAUGGGGAUAUCGAGCUUAAGAUCGCUGCUUUUGGCAGCCAUCGUUUUAAGUAAUUGUAUCACGUGGACCGCCUCCAGACAUCACUACACGCACAAUGUAAAUGGACACCGCAGCAGACAUAGAAGGCAAGGAGCCGGUCUCUUUUUAUCAGCUUCAUACAUAAUACCUGGUGGAGAGGGGCGUGGGGCUUGGGGAGAGUGGAGUGAAGUAUCCCCAUGCUCUCGGACAUGCGGCGGAGGUGUUGCCAGCCAGAAAAGAAUAUGUCUCGAAAUAGCGUCAGAUGGUCGACCACAGUGCACAGGGGGCGACACGAAAUACUUUUCGUGUCAAACACAAGACUGCCCAGAAGGCUCCAAUGAUUUCAGAGCUGAACAGUGCGCUGAAUAUGAUGACAAGAGCUUCAGGGACCAGAAAUAUCACUGGGUGCCGUACACGAAAGGACCAAACCCGUGCGAGCUUAACUGUAUGCCUCGCGGGGAACGUUUUUACUAUCGCCAAAAGACUAAAGUGAUCGACGGUACGCGAUGUAGCGACGAGUCCUUCGAUGUGUGUGUAGAUGGUGUUUGUCAGCCCGUCGGUUGUGAUAUGAUGUUAGGCUCAAACGCGCGGGAAGACAAAUGCCGGCAAUGUCGUGGAAAUGGCACUAACUGUCACACUACCAGCGGCAUACUGGACUCUCAAGACUUUAGGAAAGGUUAUAACGACAUACUCCUGAUACCUCAAGGAGCUACGAAUAUAUUUAUAGAGGAGAGGAAGGCAUCGAAUAAUUAUUUAGCGCUAAGAGCGAAAUACGACAACGUUUAUUAUCUGAACGGCGAAUACCACAUCGACUUUCCUCGAAGCUUAAUGAUCGCGGGUACACUGUGGCAUUACGAGCGCAGCCAGCAAGGUUUCGCCGCACCGGACAAAUUGCGAUGUCUCGGACCCACCAACGAACCACUUUAUCUAUCGCUCCUAUUGCAAGAUCAAAAUGUGGGCAUUAGUUAUGAAUACAGCGUACCUUCUGCUCUAGCGCCACCUCCAAACCAGCAGUAUAAUUGGGUUCAUGAAGAGUUUUCUGCAUGUAGUGCAUCUUGUGGUGGAGGUUAUCAAACUCGCCAAGUCACAUGCCGAUCACGCGAAGAACUAGAAGUAGUUAAUGACACUCUUUGUGAUGAAGGCCUAAAACCCCCAACUAACCAGAGUUGUAAUACCGAAUCCUGCCCUGCACGAUGGGUGGAGGGUCCUUGGAGUCCAUGCUCUAAACCUUGCGGAGAUGGAGGCACUAGAUCGCGACAAGUUCACUGCGAGAAAAUCAUCACAAAUGGAAUAACUUUCAGGUUCCCAUCGAUAGUAUCGGAUAAAGAGUGCUUUGACCUUCUAGGACCUAAACCAGAACUUUACCAGGAAUGUAAUAAAAACGCUACAUGUCCUACUUGGUUUACCGGACCCUGGAAACCUUGUAACAAACUUUGUGGAGAGGGCAAACAGACACGUCAAGUAGUUUGCCACCAAAAAAUGAACGGGCGAGUGGAAGUAUACGACGACAGCGUGUGUACGGAAGAAAAACCAAUCGUAGAACAGACAUGUAUAUUGCAUCCUUGCGACGGUGUUGAUUGGGUUCUCACUGAAUGGACUGGUUGUGAUACAUGUUUGUCAACGAUGCGCACUCGUUCUGCACACUGCGCUACCAAGGACCACAAGGUGGUAGACGCAAAGCUCUGUGCAUACCACACGCCGCCAACUCUCGAAGAGAGCUGUGACCGUACCGAAUUGCCACCCUGUCAAACGCUGUGGUACGCAACGCAGUGGAGCGAGUGUUCAGCAAAAUGCGGAAAAGGGAACCAAACUCGUCGAGUUUUCUGUGGAUUAUUUGAUGGAGUCGCAGUGACAAAAGUGGACGACGACCGGUGUGAAUCAAGCUCAAAGUACAGAGAUACUAAAGAAUGCGAAGUGCCAAAGGAAAAAUGUCCUGCCAAAUGGUUUGCUGGACCGUGGUCUGAGUGUACCAAAAAAUGUGAUGGAGGGGAACAAUACCGUCGCGUAAUGUGCCUGAGUGGAGGACGCGAAGUUAUGGAGUGUAACGAGGUCGAAGUGCUCGAUUCCAGUCAAUCCUGUAACACAAAUCCUUGUGGCAUAGAUGAAAUGUUGCCACUUGAUUCAAAAUCAACUCCAAUAAUGGACGAUUAUGAAUAUGAAGAUUGCAUUGAGGAAGAGGAAGAAUAUCCCGAGGAAAACGCUGAAGCUAUCGAAACUAGCUCUGAAGAUAUUGGUAUAUCAUUGGUUCCUGACUUCGGACGAGAUAAAGUUACUGAAGGAUCCGGUUAUACGUCCCCCAGUGAAUAUGAUGCAUACUAUGGAUCCGGCUCAGGAGAGACUGAGGAUGAUGAUAGUACUACAGAAUCAGAAACAGGAAGUACAGAUGUAACGGAAACAUUCACCGAAAGUACGAUUAUAUUAAGCACAAGUUCAUCUGAGUCUACUCCUGUAGAUGAAUCAACAAUAAAAGAUGAUACAUCAGAAAGUACCACAAGUACAGAAAAAAUUAUCGAAGAUGAAACAGAUACAAGUAUGACUGAAGAAGCAGUAGUAACAACAGACUCCGCAGAGUCGACCACGCUGAGCGAUUCGGACUUAACGACAGUCAGUUCAUAUUCAACAGAAUCUAGCGAUAUCACAAUAACAACUGAAGCAGGAUUUACUGAAGUUACAGGCACUGAAUCAACAGAAGCUACUGAGAUUGAUUCAAUAGAAACUAUAGUUUCUACAGAAACUACUGAUAUUAGUUCGGUUUCAACGGUUGAUAUUUCUACAACAACUAAAGAUAUUGAUUCAACUGAAACGACUGAAAAGGAUUCUACGGAUACUACAACCUUCGACUCGACAGUAACAUCUACUGAAGGUACUGAAACAUCUGACACUACAGAAAGUGAAUCGACAAUGUCUACAGAAUCUACAGUUACGGACUUGACAAAAGAAACGGAAUCUGAUUCUACAGAUAUUUCCGUUACCGAUACUACAAUAGAAAAGGAGACCGGAUCUACUGAAACCACUACUUCUGACUUAACAGAUACAACAGAAGCUAGUUCUACGUCAGUUAUAGAUUUAACAAUAACGACAGACAGAGAGACCGAAACUUCGGAUUUCGUAUCUACGGAUGUAACCGAAGAAGAAAUAAGCACAACAGACAGUAGUACUACUAUAAUCAGUGAGACCUCAAGUUCUGACAUAGAAAUUACUUCGACUGAAGAAACCACUAGUGAUACUGAUAUUAGUACAACCGAGGAAAAAUUAACAAUAACUACAGAAGCCGAAAGUAGUACUACUUCGACCGAUAAGGAAUUAAGUGAAUCUACAACUAGCUUUGAUACUGUUUCAACAAUAAGUUCGACAUUGGAGACAACCGAAGUUAGCACUACAGAGGGUACUGAAUCAAGUACAGAAAAUGCGGCAACCACUGAAUCAUCCGUAACAGAGUCUACCGACGAAAGUACUACACAAGCACCUGAUUUAAGUACUACUGUGGAAUCGACAGGAACUACUGAAUCUGUUAGCAGUAGUGAGAGUUCCACCGUCGAAGAGAGCACGGGAAGUACUACAGUUGGAAGUUCAACGUCCCUGGAAGACAUAUCGACAACAGAACAAUCGACAUCAUGGACUUGGACGACUGUUGUUGUCAGCUCAACUAACAAAGGACGCUGCAAAGCCAAAAAGAAGAAAGCUAAGUGUAUUCGAAGCAAGUUUGGUUGCUGCCCUGACAAAAGAACGCCUGCUGCUGGGCCAUUCGAUGAAGGUUGUCCGAACCCGGAGACCUGCAAGGAUUCCAAAUUUGGUUGCUGUCCCGACGGAGUGUCGCCUGCAGCCGGUCUUCGAGCAGCCGGCUGUCCAGUCACUCCAUGUAAUGAAACUUUAUAUGGAUGUUGUAAAUCGGACAACAUUACAGCAGCCGAAGGUAACGAUCAACAAGGAUGUCCGGCACCACUACCACCCUGUCAUCAUUCAAAAUAUGGUUGUUGCAAAGAUGAAAAAACAGAGCCAAAGGGUCCACACAAACAAGGCUGUCCAGAAACAGUUGCAGAGACUGAAAAACCAGAUACUACAGAAUCCGAAGGAGGAUGUGCUGGCUCGGAAUUCGGAUGUUGUUAUGACAACGAGACGGAUGCUUCGGGUCCAAAUGGAGAAGGUUGUCCGUGCAGUAUUUCUGAAUUCGGUUGCUGUCCUGAUGGUGUUUCAACAGCUCGAGGCAUCAAUUUAGAAGGUUGCGUAAUGUCUUGCAAUACCUCAGCUUACGGCUGCUGCCCCGACGGGGAGACCCCGGCGCAUGGAUUAGAAUAUGAGGGUUGCUGCUUGCAGUACGCGUUCGGGUGUUGUCCUGAUAAUUACAAGCCGGCUGAGGGCCCACAUUUGGAAGGAUGUGGCUGCGAAUAUGCCCAUUAUGGAUGCUGCCCGGACAAUAUCACCGUCGCACGAGGACCGAAUGGUGAAGGCUGUGGUUGUCAGUACUCUCAAUAUGGAUGCUGUCCAGAUGGACAUACAGAAGCCAAGGGUCCGGAGUUCGACGGGUGUGGCUGCCACACAUACCAAUUUGGUUGCUGUGAUGAUGGUGUCACGGUUGUCACCGGCCCGAACCAACAAGGUUGUUUAUGUCGUGAGUCCAAGUACGGAUGUUGCGGAGACGAGAUUACAGCCGCUAAAGGUCCCAAUAUGGAUGGUUGCGACUGUUCCAACAGCAAAUAUGGUUGUUGCCCUGAUGGAAUCACUGAGGCGAAGGGCAAGAACUUCUUAAACUGCACUGACGUUCCCCAUAACCGACAAGCCGCAUGUGCAUUUGCAAGCGACCGAGGUUCUUGCCGAAACUUCUCCGUGUAUUGGUACUACGAUAUGACAUACGGAGGCUGUUCUCGGUUUUGGUACGGCGGCUGUGAGGGCAAUGAAAACAGAUUCGUUAACAAUGAUGAGUGCGAAGACGUUUGUGUGCGACCAAAGCCAAAGGAUGCCUGCAAUCUACCGAAAGUGAAGGGGGCAUGCACCGGAUACCACGUCCGCUGGUACUAUGACUCUGCCCGCGAACAAUGCUCUCAGUUUGUUUACGGUGGCUGUCUCGGAAAUGCCAACAAUUUCGACUCCCAGGAACUCUGUCAGCAACACUGCGAACCACAGAGGAGUAAAGACCAAUGCAAUCUUGAAAUCGAACGCGGCCCAUGUGCCGGCAACUUCCAACGCUGGGGCUUCAACAGCGAGCGGCGACGAUGCGAGCAGUUUGUGUGGGGUGGUUGCGGCGGUAAUGACAACCGCUUUAGUUCCGAGGCCGCCUGCUUGUUACGCUGCGACCCGCCCGGCGCGCCACAGCAGGCAUGUUCGCUACCAAAAGAGGCAGGCAACUGCACUGAGAAGCAUCCCGCCUGGUCAUUUAGUGUCACCGAAAACCGCUGCCUACCCUUCUAUUAUUCUGGCUGCGGUGGAAAUGAUAAUCGUUUCAACGACGAGCGAUCUUGUAUUGAUGCUUGUCCAAGUGCUUACGAAAAAGAAACAUGUACACUGCCGGCUUUGACCGGCGACUGUGCCGAUUAUACACAGAGAUGGUUUUACGACACUAAAAUCAGAAGAUGUCGUCAGUUCUACUACGGUGGAUGCGGAGGUAAUGAAAACAACUUCAAUUCAGAACGUGAGUGUGAGGACAACUGCAUGGAACAAGUGGUCAUUACAACCCUUCGUCCACCAAGACCAACAACAUCACAACCUUCACCGUAUGAACACGAAAGACCAGACUUCUGCUACUUUGAGAUCGAUUCGGGGCCGUGCACGCAACCGCAGACGCGCUGGGCAUUCGACACAUCGACCGGCACGUGUAGGCAAUUCCAGUAUGGUGGCUGCGAAGGCAAUCGCAACAACUUCCCCGACGAGAAUUACUGCAUCUCCUAUUGUGUGCCCGCACCCGCACCCGCCACCACCACCACACUUCAGCCCACCCUCGACAACCGCUAUGGCCCCGAGAACAUACAGGAUGUCUGCCAGCAACCAAUGUUGGCGGGUCCGUGCGACCAGUCACUAAUGCAAUGGUUCUACGAUGCAGCAAGCGAUGUCUGUAGCCAGUUUACUUACGGCGGUUGUGAAGGCAAUGAUAAUCGAUUCAACACACAAGAGGAAUGCGAGCGACGAUGCAGAUCAGGGCCACCUAAAUCUCAAGUUCUCCCGACGACUACUUCUUCGACUACAACCAUAGCUCCGGAGUACAUUCCAACCGAAUGCCAAGUGUCCCCAACGCUUGAGGAGUGCAGAGGCGAGGGAUUGGUUUGGUUCCUGGACCUACGAAAACGAGCCUGUGUGGCGCAUGACAACCAGGGCUCCGGUGCAAAAUGCAGACACACUGGGGUCUUCGGUUCGGAAGAGGCCUGCGAGCGAUCUUGUGGAGCUUUUAGAGAUCUCGAUGUAUGUCGGUACCAAGUGGACCCUGGACCAUGCCGCGCGGCCAUCGCCAAGGUGUACUACGACAACACGGCAGGACGGUGCGAGGAGUUCACGUACGGUGGCUGUCACGGUGGUCCCAAUCGCUUCUCCACCAUAGCAGAAUGUGAACAAGUUUGCAGACCUAACAUUGAUCCCUGUAGGCAGCAUCCAGAGCCAGGCAACUGUUUGGCGCACCUUUACAUGUGGUACUACGAUUCAGCGCGCGAUGAGUGUGGACAGUUUAUUUAUGGCGGCUGCAAUGGAAACGACAAUAGGUUCGAAACUCGAGAAGAAUGCGAAGGCCGUUGCAAAACGAGUUCAACAACCACAGUCGCUUCCGUCCGUGCAACUACAACUCCGACGAUUUCCAACAUUGUACCUACCACACUGUCUGCGGACUUGGAAUGUGCAACUCCCCAUUCAUUGGAAGCUUGCGGUGAAAACAUUACAAUUUAUUACUACGACACGAAGACUCAAGCAUGUUUAGCAGGGGACUUCGGUGCUUGUCGGUACCCGAACAGCUAUCGUACGGAGGAGGAAUGUGAAAGGAGAUGCGGUGCAUUCAGAGGCCUCGACGUAUGUGGUUCACCUCUCGAUCCUGGACCAUGUAUAUCCGCAAUCACCAAAGUCUACUGGAACUCCGUAUCGGGCCGGUGCCUGAACUAUGCAUACGGUGGCUGCCUCGGCGGACCGAAUCGCUUCUCCACCGUAGAUGAGUGUGAAGAAGUCUGCGGAGGCACGGGACCAGAGCCGGCGUGUCUGCGGGCGGUGUCGUCGGGCGAGGCGGGCUGCGGCCUGUCCUCGCGCCGCUGGUACUACAGCGCCGCCAGCGGGGACUGCCUGGCCUUCGUGUACGCGGGCUGCGGCGGCAACGACAACAACUUCCUAUCGUACGAAGAGUGUGCGCUCCUCUGCAAGAGGACGCCCGCCGUGGUCGAGCCCCACGAGCCUGUCGACAGUCAUGAGACCGAUGUGGGCGGCAAUGAGGUUCUGCCAGAUUGUGACCGCUACAACGAAGAAUGCUCGACACUGCGCUGCGAAUACGGCGUACAGCGCACGCGCACGUCUGGAGGUUGUGAGCGCUGCUCGUGCGUACCUGUAGAUGUUAACUGCGAGCUAUUACGCCACGAGUGCGAGAGCCUACGUUGCACCUACGGUAUACACCGAUCUACCGGUCCCGACGGUUGCGAGAGAUGUAAAUGCAUCGACCACCCAUGUGCAAACAAGGACUGUCCUGCGGGUGAGCGCUGCGUAGCGACAGCUUACAGAGAUCCAAUCACACAGGACGCCCGUUAUUCAGCCGAAUGCAGGAUCGCAAAUAAAACUGGUUCCUGUCCACCGGAAAGUGUCAUACCUGCAGUGGCAGAUGGACAGUGCAGACGAGAAUGUAACGACGAUGCGGACUGCCUAGGUAUUGGCAAGUGCUGCUCUAGUGGCUGCAGCCAACUCUGCCUCGAGCCACUCUCUGCCACCAGCCCCGCGCCUCGCUAUACCACACGUGCCCCCGAAUUACCACAAGCACCGAGUGCCAACGUUGAAGAAACGCAACCUGAGCUGGUGGCAAGCGAGGGCGACAAGGCAACGCUUCGCUGCGUGUUCCACGGCAACCCUCCACCCAAGAUCACCUGGCGUAGAGGAGCCGUCACGAUCGAGAGUGACAUGGGUCGGUACAGGCUGCUGUCAGACGGAGCGUUGGAGAUAGUGUCGUUGUAUCGCAACGACUCGGGCGUGUACAUUUGCGUGGCGGAUAACGGAAUCGGAAGCGCCACGCAAGAAAUACGCCUCGAGGUUGCCGAUCCGGUGGAAAGACCAGCGGCAAUAGCGGGUACACCCGACGCCACGGUCGCCGGAGAGCUCGGCCGACCGCUGAGCGUGCGCUGUCUCGCCUAUGGACAUCCUGCACCUGCCAUCUACUGGUACCGAGGUCGAAACGGUCCCAUGGUGCCCUAUAGUAGUCCGCUCUACGAGGCCCGAGGCUAUGUGCUCCUGAUCCGAAAGCUAACUGUCGAGACUCUCGGCGAGUACGUCUGCCAGGCAUACAAUGGAAUUGGCAAACCAGCCGACUGGGCUUUUGUGGUUCAUGCGUACCAACCCGAAGGUUCCGGAGAUCAUCCGUACUUGAUACCGCGGGAAGAUGACGUGGUGGUAGUGACGCCUCGUGAGCCGCAACUUGCAACGACUACACCGACAGUGCCUGAUAUAGAAAUACCUGUGUUUACCGUGCCCGUGAACACUCGAUUGACUGCGGAGCGCUCACGUGUGCCUGCGGGUGCAGAGAUCAACCUACCGUGUGACGUAGAUGGCUACCCCUUACCAACCGUUCGCUGGACCAAGGACGGCAUGACGAUCGUCUCUAGCGAUCGCGUCAUUCUAACUGAUGCGCGACUGACAGUGCUUCACGCGAAUACGAACGAUAGCGGCGUAUACGGAUGUCAUGCUUCUAACGAUUAUAGCUCGCACUAUUCUACAGUCUCCAUUACCGUCGAAGGAUUGUACAUCCCGCCGAACUGCAAGGAUAACCCAUACUUCGCCACGUGUCAUCUUAUUGUCCGGAGCAAAUUCUGCCACCACAAAUAUUACUCUGGUUUUUGCUGCAAGUCGUGUGUGGAGGCGGGUCAACUUGACCCGAGCGAGCUCAGCAUGCAGGCAGACUCCUGGACUUGGAAGAAGUAGUUACCUACACGCCUCGUUAGAACUAUUAAUUUAGCGUUAAAAAUAGAUAGUCGAAAUAAUCAUUCUACUACAUAAAACUACUUAUUAUGUAGCUGAGAAAAAUUAAGCUGAAUUAAAAAGAAAAAUGACAGAUAUUUUUUUUCUCAAAUUAUUUUUAUAUGAAUGGUUUCAGUUUAAAAUGUCUUUAUAAUUUUAAAUAAACAAUACUUUGUCGUUGGGAUAAGAAAAAUAUUCGGUGGUGCCAUAUUAAAAAAAUCGAAAUUUCAAACAUAGAGUUUUAAAUAAAACUUUAUUAUCUGCACAUCAAUAAAAAAAAAUACCAAUAGAUUAAAUAGGUACUAUAGUUUGUAGAUAGAAUGAUAUCUGUGUAAAUAAAUAUUGUAAUGUCACAAUUAGUUAAUUCCAUCUGUGAUGGAAAUACAAAUAUUUUAAGAUUAACGAUUAACAUUAUCGUUAAGAGGCUUAACAUCGCAAUUACUUAGUUUUCUCAUAGAUUAUACUAAAUUGAUAUAAAAAAAUGUUUUUUUUUUUUCUUACACCGGUAACUAUUUCCUUCGAUAUAAGUAAAAUAAAAUAAUAAUUUUGCCGAGAAAUGUAAUAACUUACGUUACCAAUGUCUCUUUAUUGUUUUUGUAUAAUUUAUGAUAAAUAAUAAAACGAAUCAGAUACAGCAAGUCUGGAAAAUAAAUAAUUAUUUAUUUCAGAAUAUAAUAAUAAAUAUAAUAUAAAAUAGUAACGUAAUUUUUACGAAUA